AUGGCGACACCCACAUCUCAAAAUGGUGCUAUUGACACAUCCAAAAUCGCCGGCAACGGCUCUGACGAAAUCAAGCAGCUCCUGGGCGACAUUGGAGAAUUUUUCCAUAGCCGACGUGCACCUGGGAUGACCACCUCGGGAUUUGGAGAAGCCAUCCAAAAACGACUUAGACUCACAGAAAUAUCUUUCAACAAGAAAGCAGAGGAGGAAAGAAAAAUGGAGGCGAGGGUGGUGAUGGAAACUGAAGUCCAUGAAGAUAUGCUCAACGGUGGUGGAAACAUCCAUGGAGGUUGCUCAGCAUUUCUAGUUGAUACAUGCUCUUCCCUCGCACUCCUCGCUAUGGUUAAAGAAACUCAAGGAGUUCUUGUUGCCACUGUAUCCCAGUCAUUGAACCUUGUAUACCACUCGCCUGCACAACUAGGAGACACUUUGCGGAUCGUUAAUACCACUCUCACUGUUGGCGCCAGAGCGCAUUCUGUACGGACGGAAAUCUGGAAUGUAACACAUCAUCGACUAGUUGUUUCGGGAACCCAUGUGAAAAUGGUUCCAUCUCUUCCUAAACCCAAAUCCAACCUAUGA